GCACUCGCAAAUUCGCGAUGGGUCAGCCGUCACUUGUCAAAUCACUCAGAUCGGUCAGAUGGGUGUAGCGAGGUCACUCCUAUAUACCAUGUGACUUGCGCUCGCGCACCUCGUGAUUGAUCGAUUGGUCUGCCGCCGCGACUAAUUACGGUAUCACACGGUAUCACGACUAUCACGGCCACGCAAUUUCACAGGGAGAGGCCGAUAAAGUGAACAAAGUGUCACUUCGAGUCAGCUUCAAGUUUUCUGGAAUAAAAUCUUGAUUGUUGCGGCCGGUUAUUUCCAACCAUAAAAAUGGGCUCGCUCUUUCGCAGCGAGGAGAUGACUUUGUGUCAGCUGUUUCUCCAGAGCGAGGCCGCGUAUGCUUGCGUCUCCGAACUCGGCGAGCUCGGUCUGGUGCAGUUUCGUGACUUAAAUCCCGAUGUCAAUGCUUUUCAACGGAAGUUCGUCAACGAGGUACGUCGUUGCGACGAGAUGGAGCGCAAGUUGCGCUACUUGGAGAAGGAGAUCAAGAAGGAUGGCAUUCCGAUGUUGGACACCGGGGAGAACCCGGAGGCUCCGCAGCCUCGAGAGAUGAUCGAUCUGGAGGCUACCUUUGAGAAACUGGAGAACGAACUGCGGGAAGUGAAUCAGAAUGCGGAGGCGCUUAAGCGUAACUUUCUGGAGCUGACCGAGCUCAAGCACAUCUUGCGAAAGACCCAGGUCUUCUUCGACGAGGCUGAGCAUGGAGGUGUCGUGUCGCAGAUGGCAGACCCCAGCCGUGAAGAAGAGCAAGUCACUCUGUUGGGUGAGGAGGGCCUCCGCGCCGGCGGCCAGGCUCUCAAGCUCGGCUUCGUCGCGGGAGUCAUCCUGAGGGAACGCAUCCCCGCGUUCGAGCGCAUGCUGUGGCGUGCGUGCCGUGGAAACGUCUUUCUACGCCAGGCGGAAAUUGAGACUCCAUUAGAAGAUCCCUCAACGGGGGACCAGGUGUACAAGUCGGUCUUCAUUAUUUUCUUCCAAGGUGAUCAGCUAAAGACUCGCGUGAAGAAGAUCUGUGAGGGUUUCAGGGCGACCUUGUAUCCCUGUCCGGAAGCGCCAGCUGAUCGCAGGGAAAUGGCUAUGGGCGUUAUGACUCGUAUCGAGGAUUUGAAUACUGUCUUAGGGCAGACGCAGGAUCAUCGUCAUCGAGUUCUUGUGGCUGCUGCAAAGAACAUCAAGAACUGGUUCAUCAAGGUCCGCAAGAUCAAAGCGAUCUAUCACACUCUAAAUCUUUUCAAUUUAGAUGUCACUCAAAAAUGUCUGAUUGCCGAAUGCUGGGUGCCUGUCCUAGACAUUGAGACUAUCCAACUGGCAUUAAGACGCGGAACGGAACGCAGCGGAAGUUCCGUUCCUCCCAUUCUGAACCGCAUGGAGACGUUUGAGGAUCCGCCAACAUACAAUCGAACGAACAAGUUUACGAAAGGAUUCCAGGUGUUGAUCGACGCUUACGGGGUCGCAUCUUACCGCGAGAUGAAUCCCGCGCCGUACACCAUCAUUACAUUCCCGUUUCUAUUCGCGAUAAUGUUCGGUGACACUGGCCACGGUCUCAUUAUGUUCCUGUUCGGUGGUUGGAUGGUUCUGAAAGAGAAGCCAUUGGCGGCUAAAAAGAGUGACAACGAAAUCUGGAAUAUUUUCUUCGGUGGCCGUUAUAUCAUCUUUCUCAUGGGCAUGUUCUCCAUGUAUACCGGUCUAAUUUAUAAUGACAUAUUCUCCAAGUCGCUCAACAUCUUCGGCUCCAACUGGGUGAUAAACUACAAUCGUAGCACAAUCCGGCACAACAGAGAGCUACAAUUGAAUCCCAAUUCAACGGAUUACGUCGAUUAUCCAUAUCCGUUCGGUAUGGACCCGGUGUGGCAGCUGGCAGAUAAUAAGAUUAUCUUCCAAAACUCGUACAAAAUGAAGAUCUCCAUCAUCUUCGGCGUGCUGCACAUGUUAUUCGGCGUGGUGGUAGGAUUGUGGAAUCACAUGUACUUUAAGAAGCGCAUUAACAUUACUUGCGAGUUCGUGCCGCAGAUAAUCUUCCUCUUUGCGCUCUUUUUCUACAUGGUGAUCCUCAUGUUUGUUAAAUGGAUCAAAUAUGGCCCGAAAAACGAUGUGAUCGAUGGCCCUGGCUGCGCGCCCUCGGUUCUCAUUACUUUCAUCAACAUGGUCCUUUUCAAGCCUGCCGCCCAAGUCGGCACUUGCGAUCCCUAUAUGUAUGGUGGUCAGAGCGGCUUGCAAAAGUUUCUGGUGGUCGUGGCUCUGCUCUGCGUACCAUGGAUGCUGCUGGCUAAGCCGAUCUUGAUGAUGCGCAACCGUAGAAAGCAGCACUACCAGCUCAACAAUCAUGGUGCUGAGAACGGUGAUGUAGAGGCCAGCAUGGGGGCUCUCCAGCAGAGCGGAGGUGUUACUCAGAGUGGCGGUGGUCACAAGGAGGAGGAAGAAGACAUGACGGAGGUGUUUAUCCAUCAGGGUAUUCAUACUAUCGAGUAUGUUCUUGGCAGCGUGUCGCAUACCGCGUCCUACUUGCGUCUCUGGGCCUUGUCUUUGGCCCACGCCCAGUUGUCCGAGGUACUGUGGACAAUGGUGAUGAGAAACGGUUUGGCGAGGGAGGGUUGGGAUGGUGGUAUCGUCCUCUACGCCGUCUUCGCUUUUUGGGCAGUGCUCACCGUAGGCAUCCUCGUACUUAUGGAGGGUCUUUCGGCGUUUUUGCAUACGCUUCGUUUACAUUGGGUGGAAUUUCAGAGCAAAUUCUAUUCCGGUUUGGGCUACAGUUUCCAGCCAUUCUCCUUCGAGAUCAUCCUCGACGCUGCACAGGCCACUACCGAGGAUUAAAAUAAUUGAUCGUCGAUAAUUAAUAACUGCCCUUGAUUAUUAUUAGUACGAGCGGCGAGGGCGUCAUGAAUUCAAUAGCUGCUCAUUUGAACAAGUCAUGAAUAGUUAAUGAGCGAGGUGACCUUUAAUAAAAAUAUGUAUGUAGAGUAUCGAUUAUAAUAAUCGAUCAAAAGUAUGGAAAUUAUUUCCUCCUUAUCUUGUGUCGUCUUUUAACUGUAAACAGAACUUUGAUCAAACCACAAGAUUCGUAACGCACACAAGGUCAUGACAAAAUAUUUUCGUGAUAUUAUUGAAUUUUUUCCCUGAUCGAUUAGAUUACAAUCGAAUUUAAGAUCUAAAACCCUUUCUCUCUAAAUGAAAUAUCGACUUAUACCUUUCUUGUUCGUGAACGUAUAAUACUAGAAGUCUUUUGCAAUGUUAAGAACCUUUAUGCGAGCAGUGCAGAAUUCUCCAUGCACACUGUAGAGUCUGUAGAUCUGAAAACAAAUGUAUGUCGUGUCGGCGACCAAUUGAUGUUAUUCCAUGUAUCUGUACGUAAUAAAAAAAAUUGUGGCAUAUUGAAAA